AUGGCGUCCGGACUCUCUUACCCUAUCGUCCAAAGAGAUGAAAGUGCUGUAAAGGAUUAUCAUGGCGCAAAAAUAUGCGAUCCAUACGUUUGGUUGGAAGAUCCAGACUCGGAAAAAACGAAGUCCUUUGUAGAACAGCAAAACGCCAUUACGAUGCCCUAUUUAGCAGCUUGCGAGACGAGAGAAAAUUUCAAGCACAGGCUGACUGAGAUGUGGGACUAUCCAAAGUAUGGCUGUCCAUUUAAGAGAGGAUCAAAGUACUUUUACCUCCAUAACUCUGGUCUGCAAAAUCAAAGUGUUAUGUAUGUGCAAGACUCAAUGGAAAGUGAAGCACAAGUAUUUCUUGACCCCAAUAAACUCUCUGAGGAUGGAACUGUGGCAUUGGCUGGAAGAUCUUUCUCUGAUGAUGGAGAGUUCUUUGCUUAUUCUUUGUCAAAUAAGGGAUCAGAUUGGGUCACCAUAAAGUUUAUGAAGGUGGAUGGUCAAGUACAUUUGCCAGACACUUUAGAGAAUGCAAAGUUUACAAGUAUGGCUUGGACACAUGAUAAUAAGGGAUUGUUUUACAAUCGUUACCCAACUGGUGAAAAAGCAGAUGGAACAGAAACUGAUCUAAACCUCAAUCAAAAGCUUUAUUACCAUGUACUGGGAACCAGCCAAUCUGAAGAUGUUCUUUGUAGUGAAUUUCCAGAGCACCCCAAGUGGUCUAUAGGUGCAGAAGUUAGCGAUUGUGGAAGAUAUUUGAUUUUAACUCCGCAUGAAGGCUGUGCCCCAGUGAAUAGACUUUUUUACUGCGUUCUCGAAAAUCAAGGUGGCAUCACAGGUUUUUCGUGAAACAAACGUGAAAGGCUUUGACUCGAGUCAGUACCAGACUGUCCAAGUGUUUUAUCCCAGUAAAGAUGGAACCAAGAUCCCAAUGUUCAUUGUCCAUAAGAAGGGUAUCGAGUUAGACGGAAGCCAUCCUCUGUACUUGUAUGGUUAUGGAGGGUUUAACAUAUCAAUCACGCCAUCCUUCAGUGUGUCACGGAUUGUAUUUAUGAGACAUCUCGGAGGCAUCAUUGCCAUACCCAACCUGAGAGGUGGAGGUGAAUAUGGUGAGACUUGGCACCAAGCGGGCUGCUUUGGCAACAAACAGAAUGUUUUUGACGACUUCCAAUACGCCGCCAUCUACCUCUCCCAGCAGAAAUACACAUCUCCAGAAAAAAUAACCAUCUGUGGUGGAUCCAAUGGUGGCCUGUUGGUGGGUGCUUGUAUAAAUCAGAGACCAGACUUGUUUGGUUGUGCUGUUUCACAAGUACCAGUUAUGGACAUGCUCAAGUUUCAUAAAUUUACCAUCGGCCAUGCAUGGACGACAGACUAUGGUUCACCUGAUAAGGAGGAGGAUUUUCAAUGGCUUAUCAAAUAUUCUCCUCUUCAUAACAUUAAGAUUCCCGAAAAUGGUGUCCAAUACCCUUCACUUCUGUUGCUGACCGCUGACCAUGAUGAUCGCGUAGUGCCCUUGCAUUCUCUAAAGUACAUCGCACAGUUGCAACAAUGUGUUGGUAGUUACGAGAAGCAGACGAAUCCUUUGCUGAUCAGAAUUGAUACAAAAGCUGGCCAUGGUUUCGGAAAACCGACAGCCAAAAUUAUUGAGGAAUAUUCCGACAUAUAUGGUUUUAUUUCACGAAGCCUUAACCUAACAUGGCAAGACUAAUACGUACUCAACUAGACAACCGCAGAGCACUGUGAUGGCAUGCCUAAAUGAAGCAGUUGUAUCUGUAGAGAGUCACGUAAAACCCUGCGUGACACGCGCGAUAAUCAUAGUACCACAAAGGACCCCUGUGCCGAUCAAGGAAAGCCUCUUAUUGGCUGGAGUGAGGAGUUCACGCUACAUUAUAACUCUUUCUAAUUAUUGUAGUAUUUAUCAUUCUUAUCAUUAAAAUUUGUUUUGUUAGUUUUA